AACUCGGGACAUGAAAUGUAUUUAGGGGCAGAAGUGGUUAGAAUUUUUGCGCUCUAGGUCAAAAUGCCACAGCGCCAGGUCAGGUGGAGUCAAAUCGAUAACUUCAUAGGUUAUUUUGAUUUUUAAACUUGGUUACGAAGUGACAUGGGGACAAUCAAAAGUAGAACAUGCGCAAAUUUCAAAUUUGUAUUUUGUCGGACACUUUCCGUGUGCGACCAAUGAUGGCGAAUACACGUUUGACGAUGGUUCCGCCCUUUGAUUACGUUCAUUUCUAACAGUUUUGUACAUUAAUCCUAAUACACUGCAUGAAAAUAAAAUAAUCCAAUGUCCAAUAUUUAGUCUUGAGCUAAACAUGGGUCUAAAUCCAUGUUGCUUCGGAAUACCUCUUCAGACUGGGUGUAAAAUAAUUGCUGUCCUACAGAUUAUUGCUUCUGUUUUGAUCCUACUUUCCUCAAUCCUGGGACUAAUUGCCAUUGGCAUUAAGUCAACCGAAGACAAAAACUCGAAUGGUGACGACAACGCAAAGGAAACUGACAAGAUAUCGGAUGAUACCGUGGUUAUUGUUGUGUUAUCAUUGAUACUAACGUGCAGCUUAAUUGGACUCAUUCUUUCUGUUGUACUUUAUCGCGGUGCUAAAAAUAAAAAGCGCAAGAAACUUUUAGCCUGGCUCUGGAUUAGCUUAAUCCUGCUGGUGGUAAUGGUUGUGAAAUUUAUCGUGGACUGCAUUUACGUAAAAAUUGGACACGCAUUGGAAUUGGUACAAAGUGCUGGGUACAUACUCUUGAAUUCAUAUUGUAUAUUUGUGGUGUGGUGUUAUCGACAAGAGUUGAAACAUGGGGAUGAUGCAUAAACUCACAAAUUUCUGGAAAUAAUUUCCAUUAAAGUAUUUUUAAUGAGAUUACAAUGUAGAGAGUGAUCUGGUCCAUUAUAUGCAUAUUUAAAUAAUGUAAUAUUCACUUUCAUGUACGUAAUCAGGUUUAUUUUGUGUUUCAUUUUUAUAUGUGCUU